AUGCCAGGGCCGGCAUUGGCAUAUGGCCCAGACCACUACACGGACCUCGAUGCGCUGAGGGAGUAUGUGCACUACACAUACAUUGGCAACUAUAUCAACUACUCGAUCGCCACGUUGCUCGUCUACGAACUUGUCACCAGCCUUGACGACGAAAUUUCGCGCGUUUGGUCCCUGCGAUGGCGCCUUCCCAAGAUUCUCUUCAUGCUCAACCGCUACUUUAUUCGCGCGAUGCUCAUUGGACUCUGGGUUCUUGCCAAUUACCCUGGCACAUCUCGCGAGUUCUGCCGUAUCUACGGCUACUGGCAGAUGAUUCCUCUCCGCCUGGCUAUUUUGGCAGCACAAGCGCUCGUCGUCAUCCGAGUUUGGGCAAUAUAUAACAACUCCCGUCUCAUGUUUUGGGUCCUCAGCAUACUCUUCGGUUGUGAAUGCCUGGCCGUCGGCGCAGCCAUCAUUGUCGCGACCUCUUACCAACAGGGUGUUGCCCAGCCGGCCCCAUUAUCUUGCGCUCUGAAGAGUCUAAAUAAACAUCUCGUCAAGCAGUAUGCAAGCGCGACAUGGAUUGCCCCGGUAGUCUUCGAAUUUAUUAUGGUCCUGAUCACUCUCUUCAAGAUCCUUCCUCGUUGGUCUUUCCAGUCCCGCAGAAGCUCCAAGUACUUCGGGUCCGGGUCGGGACUGUCGUUUCUGGGCGUCAGACUUGGUUCGGGAGGGAAUCAGACACUCGAUGUUCUCGCAAGAGAUUCGCUGGUGUACUUCCUUCUCAUUUUUACAUUUACCCUCGCCAAUGCCAUUAUCUACGAAUCCAAUUUCAGUGCAUAUUGGCAUUCUCUCCUGCUUGGCCCAACGAGCGCCAUUUCUUGUAUCGCAGUCUCCCGAAUGAUGAUCAACAUUCGGUCUGUUCCAUCGUCGACCUCACAAGCAACCACGGAUGAAGUCCGGCCUCUCCCAUUGUCCCACACUUAUCUCCAAAGCACGACCACCCAUACUCAAACCAAUAAUUACAAUGAGUGGAGCUACGCCCGUUACGGCAAGCAUCCAUACGCAGCCUAUGGCAAAACCGGAUACAAGCUCAACAACUCUGCCCCCGACUUCGAUCUCGAACUAGCCUUUGCGGAUACAUAUGGUGGCGGAGGACAGGGACUCGGGAAUCUCCCGCCUGAGCCGGAACCCGAGCGUGAUAACCCAUUCCUCGCCUCUGGUGGUCCCGAGCGCCACUUGUCGUCAAAACGCAAGGCACCGCCCAGACCUGACUACUAUGCUGGCCUGCCUGGUACCGCUUCUACACUGGUUGGCUCUCCGCCGGGGUCGCCCGCUGGCCUGUCUUCCGCUUCGCGCGCAUUACCGUCAUCAGCGUCCACUUCAUCUUCGCCUCCGGCAAGACCGUCAUUAUCGGGAGCCGAACACCGACCACUAUUUCCUACCCCGCUACAGCCCACUGCUACAACUUCACGACCAUCCAACGAACACGUUUCAGCACCUUCAGCUGUCCAUACUUACACACCGCCGGAAGGCGAGCCCUACGAAAGCGGGUAUGAGGCGGGCCUGCGAAUGGCCAAACAAAGGCGAGAGCGAGAUCGCUCAAAGAGGCCAGAUACUGGCGACAGUUCCGCCAGCGGAAGUGGUGGUGGUUAA